AUGUAAUAAAUGAUGCCACAUUACUUACUAAAAAAAGACCGAAUAGAUAAAUUCGAAGACUAUUUUAGUUUUUUAAGUAACGAAUACCCAUCAUGGGUUUUAUACGAAAAUAUUUUAUAUCCUUCAGUAAGUGCCGCUUUUUAGGCUUCCCGAUCAACUAACUAAUAAAUCCGAUUAUAAAUAUCAUAAAUAGAUUCACCUGAAGAAUUAUGGGAAAUUGCUUAAGAAAUCGAAGAUCCUUAAGACUGGGGAGAAAAGCGUUUAAAAAUAAUGGAAAUAUUAUUGCGUGAUAAAUUUAGACGUUCUAAAGAAUUGCGUGAGCGUUUAAGAUUAACAGAAGAAAAGUAUAAAAUAAAAAUAAAAAAAAAAAAAAAAUAUAUAUCAGAUAGAUAAUUAAUAUAUUCAUACGAAAAUGAGACUCCAAGUGAUAUGUUUUGGGGAGUAUGCAAAGGAAGAGGUUAUAAUAACGCAGGAAUUCUCCUCGAAACAAUCCGUAAAGACAUAUCUGAAAACCAAGAUAUGAAAAAAUGGAUGCUUACUAAAUUCCGAAUAGAACAAGACGUAAAAUUACUACCUAUUAUAACCUUAAAAGUAUCCAAAAACGGAUAAUAAAUAGAAACUAUUAUUUUAAAAAGCAGAAGUUAUUAUUAUUUAGGAUAAUAUAAAACAUGUAAUGUUUUAUUAACACAUCCGACAGUUUCUCGUUUACAUGCCUGUUUUGUAUGUUAAGAGACAUAAAAAAUAUUAAUUAUAGAUAUGGAUUCAAAAAGUGGUACUUUUCUUAACAGUGAAAUAAUAGAAAGUUUACAUGAUAAAUAAUUAUAAAAUGGAGAUUAAUUAAAAUUUGCUUUAAGUACGCGUACUUAUGAAAUUUUCAUUGAUUACUCAGAAGCUAAUAAAGAGCUUUAAAGAAGAAAAAUUUAACUCCAAAAAGAUAUAUAAUAAUUACGAAAAGUGAACCAAAAAAAUAUUCCUGAUGAAGAACUGUAAAAACUUCUUGGAUUUUCUAUUAACGAUACCCUUUUUGUCAGUAAUUUACCGAAUAAUACUUCUUAGACUAAACUAAAAAAGUAUUUUAGCCAAUAUGCUAAAGUAAAAUAGGUUAAAAUUCCCUUCGAUAAAAAAACUGGUCGAUAGAAAAACUUCGCAUAUAUAAUUUUUGAAAACUAAGAUGAAUUAAGAAGCGCCCAUUUAAAAACAACUACUCAUAAAAUUAAAUUUGAAGGAAAUGAUAUUCAUGUAAAAGUAGCAGAUAAAGAAAAAUCAUCACAUUUGUUAGAAGUUUGUGAUUUAGAAUCUCCUUAAAAAUAAAAAAGACAUAGAUCUAGAUCUAAAAAUUGUGAAAAAAAAUAAUUUAGAAGUAGGGAAAGAUCUUCUUCAUUUACUUAAUGAUUAUUUAUAUUUUUCCUUUAUAAAAUUAUAUAUAUUUUUAGAAGAAAUUUAUUAUUAAGGAAAAUUUAUAUAAAAAUAUCUUAUUAUUUCGUUUUUAUGAUAUAAAUAAAACUUGAAUUUUUU